AUGUCUUCUGCCGUAGCAGAGCUCGAUACCUACCUUCAGUCUAUGCUUAGUUUAAAGCCGCCAGGCGUUUCAGGCUCUAAGAUUGGAAGCAUCUCACAACUCUGUACCGCCAAUGUUCAGUCCGAAUCCGUUCUGAUCCAAAAAAUUUUCACACACUUCAAGAGAGCUCCAGGAACACACAAGCUGGGCGUCCUAUAUGUCGUAGACUCUGUAACUCGACAAUGGGUAGAAGCAGCUCGCAAAGCAGGUCAACCACCUGGGAGUCCUGCUCCUGAUGGAACAUUUGCUGCUGGAGUCAACCGAGUAACCGAGCUCUUGCCAGUCCUGAUGACUGAUAUCCUAAACAGUGCUCCUGAAGAUCAAAAGGAAAAAAUCAAGAAACUAGUGGACAUUUGGGAGCGUGGACAGACGUUCCCCGCAUCUAUGCUCGCCAGCUUCAAAGCGAAGUUGAACGCUUCACCAUCUAAAAAUAUUGUAUCCACUACUCCUGAGGGCUCACCAGCUCCCGGGAUUAAUCCCCUUGCGGGAUUGCAAGGCCAAGCCCAGAAUUCAUCUGCUGGUGCGCCUGAUACUCACAGCAUUUUAAAAGCUCUAGCCGAUAUGGCAAAACAAAAUCCGGCAGCUCCUCCAGCACAAGGAAUUCCUGCCCAAUCAAAUCCUUUGGCAGCAUUGACUGCACAAAAUGCUACCCCCAGCCUUCCUGUGUCCUCGUCUGUAGACCAGAGUACUCUAUCAACAACCGGACAGAAUGUAAAUCCGUAUGGUGCUGCAUUUGCAGGACUUGGUAAUCUCAAUGGAAACCCAAUGGCAGCAGUAUCCAAUACGUUGCCAGGCGCUCAGCCAAACCCUUUGGCUGCAGUACUCCCACAAGCUGCCGCAGGAGCCCAGCAGUCGCCAGCAGUAGCACCUGACGUCUUCCAACAAGUUCAGCUACUACAACUACUCGCAGCACAAGGUAUUCCUCAGGAUCAAUGGGGCACAGCUUUACAGAUUCUCAGUUUGUCCAACAAUGCUAAUACGGGAAUGUCCCAAAUGAACUCGCUUCAAUCCGCCGGGUUUAAUCUUCCAGACGCUACGGCACAACAGGGAUGGCCUGAUGUUGGUUCACGUGAUGUGGAUAGAGACCGCGAACGAGAUAGAGAUUACAUGCGGUCACCAUUAGGCCAAUAUCGCCGACGCUCACGUUCUCCUGGUUGGGACCGCCGUCGCGAGGCUUCACCCCCACGCCGUCGUGACAGCCCUGUGUAUGGUGAAUAUCAUGGAGAUUCUCCUGGUCGUCGGGGUGAUGCUCGGGGUAGACGUGGCAACGAUUAUCGGCAACGCAGUCCUCCUGGCAGACGACGACGUACCCCAACGCCCCCUCACCAGGAGUCUUCGUUGCCUCCACCAGGACCUAAGCUGGUUGAGUGGGACUAUUCGAUUGGUCAGGGCAAUAUCAAGGUCUUGAGUCGAACUCUUUUUGUUGGUGGUGUCACCUCUCCUGAGGCUCACCUACGGGCCUUGUUCAGCAAGUUUGGGAUCGUACAGACAUGUAUCGUUAAUGUCGACAAGCGCCAUGCAUUCAUCAAGAUGAUCAAUCGUAGAGAUGCAAUGCUUGCUAGAGAAGGAAUGGAAACUUACAAGUCUGGCGACAUGCAACUCCGGACCCGUUGGGGCGUUGGAUUUGGACCUCGUGACUGCAGUGAUUACCAAACCGGAAUUAGCAUCAUUCCCAUUGAGCGAUUGACCGAAGCCGAUCGUAAAUGGAUGCUAACUGCGGAGUACGGUGGCACUGGUGGAAAACCAAUCGAGAACGGCAUGGUUGUAGAGGAGCCUGAUAUCGAAAUAGGAGCUGGUGUUUCAUCCAAAGCCAUUAGUAGGCGCAUGGCGACUGACUCCGGCGGCAAACGCGGUCCGCAGUCAUCACGUACUCAGACUGACAGAUUCCGUCGCCCAGAGCGCGGUAUGGAGAUGCAUAACGGCGCUGGCAUGUACGGCGGCGAGCGUGAAACCUCUAACAUCAAUAACCCUGCAGUACCACCAGCCGUUCCCGGGUUUGGAUUCCAACUUGCUGGUAUGCCCAUGUUCCCUCCUGGGUUCAUGCUGAGCGGCACGCAGCCGGGCUCAGCGCCUCCCCAACCACCACCUCCUGGCCAAGGCUGA